CGGCCCACGGCGGGCAGCUGCCGGCUUGGCUUAGCUCAGCUCAGCUCUGCUCAGCUCAGCUCCGCACGAUGAAGCCGCGAGGUUAUGGAUUUCUGUUACUGCUCCUACAUCUUCUGAGAGCUGUUAUUGCACUAGAGAAGAAGAAUGUCAUCAGUAAACUCGGAGACAACGCUACACUAAGUUGUAUUUUUGACAAAAGAGACUUGCAAUUAAAAAAUCUACGGGUAUAUUGGCAAAUCGCCGAUCAAGUGAAGUGUUCAGUUGUGCAUGCACUGGUCUCUGGUCAAGACAACUACAGCAAUCAGUGUAUUCAUUUUAAAAACAGGACUCAAUUAUUCUGGGACAGGUUGGAAAAUGGUGAUUUUUCUCUACUACUACUUAAUGUCAGCCAGAGUGAUAAACAUACAUACAAAUGUAUAGUACAGGAGAAAAAAGAAUUUCCCAAAGUGGUUCACCAGGCAGAAGUGGUUCUCAGUUUAGCAGCUAGUUACAGCCAACCAAUACUCAGCGGACCAAUAAGAAACAGUACUGGAGAGGAGGUGACUUUCAGCUGCAGGUCUGGCAAUGGAUACCCAAAGCCCAAUGUUUAUUGGAUAAAUAAAAUGAACAACAGUCUCCUGAACGCAUCAUCGCUGGAGAUCAUCUCCCACGCCGACGGCACCUACAGCGUUUUCAGCACCCUGACGGUGAAAGCCACUUCCAACAUGCAAAUAGAGUGCUCCAUAGAAAAUGAAAUGCUGCAGGAAAAUCUAUCAGCCAACUACACGGAGCAGAAGCAAAGCAAUGGUUCUAGCACAGAAAACCUAGGGAAAAAAGGAAGACUUGCUCAAGCAGCUGGCAUCAUUUGCAUUGUCAUUCUGAUAGGCCUUCUAGCUGUUUUAAUCUGCUGGCUGUGGAGACGGAGGUCCUCCCAUCUGGUGUCCUAUACAGAUGUCCCACCAAAUGAAUACAAAGAAGGACCCAACCUGCCUGCCUAAAUGGAAAGUCUGCCAACAAUUUGGGCAGCUGGAGAUGUGUCAAGAGAAGCAUCACUCCCUGUCUCAAUGGCAGCACUGUUUGUAAUACAACUGAGAGAUUUCUGCCAAGAGAGAUGGCAAAAAAAAA